GGUAGGAAUCUUAUUGGUUCCAGAUUGGUGGUUUAUUCCUGGUACUCACUCUGUCUCUUGGAUCAUCUAAAUAGCAGAGUGUGAAGAUACAAUACUGUGACAGAUCUCUUGUUGACACUGAGGCUUUGGUAGCCAUUCUUAAUUUAGCCUUCUCUCUAAUUUGUACCAUGACUGGGGCAGAAAUUGAGACUGGUUCUCAUUCCAAGUCUGAUAAGAAGCCUCAGGAAGAGGUUAUGGGUGGGGCUAAUGGAGAGGGUGAAGUCCCUCUGGUGGUCAGACCCAAAGUCAGACCCCAGGCUCCAGCAACAAGUGGAGCGAGGCCCAAAACUGAAACUAAGUCUUCUCGGGCAAGGCUGAAAACUGAAACCCAGUCAAUGUCUGGAACAAGACCUAAAAAUGAUGCACAGGCAAUGACUGGAGCAAGGCCUAGAUCUGAGGCCCAGAUAAUGACUGGUGCCAGGCCCAAAACUGAUGGCAGAGCAGUAGGUGAUGCUGUUUCUAAGACUGAGGCCAAGCCAAUCCCAGGAGCAAGGCCUAAGGAUGAUGCCCAGGCAUGGGCCCAGAAUGAGUUUGGGGCUGAGGCAAUGCCACAGGCUGAGAGAGCCCCCUUAUCUAAUGCUGUGACAUGGCCACUGGUCAAUUCUGAGUCUACAUACAUUACUAAAUCUAAGAGUCUGUGUAUGAAUAGAGAACUGGUCAAUAUGGACAAUGAAACCUUUCCUGGGUCCCAGGGUCAGGCUGGUAUCCCGCCCUGGUUUGGACCAGGAGAGGAGACUAAUACGGGUUCUUGGUGCUAUCCCAGGCCCAGAGCCAGGGAGGAAACCUCUAAUGAGUCUGGGUUUUGGUCAGCAGAUGAAUCCUCUAAUAUGUCUUCUUUCUGGACUGGAGAGGAACCCAGUAUCAGAUCAUGGCCCAGGGAAGAGGCGAAUACUAGGUCCAGGCACAGGGCAAAACAUCAGACUAAUGCCAGGUCCAGGCCCAGAUCCAAACAAGAUCCCUAUAUUGAUUCUUGGUCUGGCUCUGAGGAUGAGGCAGGCAACCCAUUCUGCUUUUGGGCUGGAGAAAAUACCAAUGAGUUGUUUAGGCCCAGAGGCAGGGAAGAGGCAAAUGUGAGACCUAAGAUCAGGACAAAGAGAGAUGACUAUUUUGAUUCUGAAUCUGAGGAUGAGUUCUAUAAAGAGUCCUGGUUUCUGCCUGGAGAAGAGGCUAAUAGAUUCAGGCACAGAAACAAGGAAGAGUCUAAUAACAUCUUGAAAAACAGAAACCAGAAAGAUGUUAAAAACGGUGACAGGGUCAAACAAGAAUCUAGGUUUGAUGAGGAAGUCAUUAUUGGGUCCUGGUUCUGGGCAGAACAUGAGAAUAGUUUGGAGGCUGGAGCUGCAGCAAUCUGUGAAUCUGAACUAGGGGCUGAAGAGGGAGCCAUUGGUGGAUCCUUAUUCUGGAAUGAAGAAAAGCCCACUUUGGGGGCAGUGGCUAGAGAUGAGGUCAGGCCUGAGUCUGAGGAAGAGGCCCUAUUUGGGUCCUGGUUCUGGGAUAGAGAUGAGGCCUGCUUUGACCUAAAUCCCACCCCUGUGUACAAGGCUAAGAGCAGGUUCAGAGAUUCUGCUGAGGAAGAGCUUAAUGUAUCAUCCAGGCCCAAAACCUGGGAUGAGGUUACUGUUGAAUUCAAACCUGGUCCUUGCCAUGACUUUGGCUUUUCUUCCACAAACCCCUUUAGAAUCCCUGAAGGGGAUUCUGAAAAUGCUGAGGCAAAAGCCAAGAAUGUGGAACUUGGUGCAGAGGGGGAAGAGCAGGAACCUGUGCUUCAGCGUAAUCUGCGGGAACCCGAGUUCCCAUUUCAGUAUGAUCCCUCUUACCGCUCAGUCCAGGAAAUUCGAGAGCAUCUUAAGGCCAGGGAAAGUGCAGACCCUGAGAACUGGUCUUGCACUUGCAUACAGUGUGAGCUUAAAAUUGGCUCUGCAGAGUUUGAAGAGCUCCUUCUGCUAAUGGACAAAAUUCGCGAUCCUUUUAUCCAUGAAAUAUCUAAAAUUGCAAUGGGUAUGAGAACUGCUUCUCAGUUUACCCGAGAUUUCAUUCGCGAUUCUGGUGUUGUCUCACUUAUUGAAACCCUGAUGAAUUAUCCGUCCUCUCGAGUUAGGACUAAUUUUUUGGAAAAUAUGAUCCACAUGGCUCCACCUUAUCCAAAUCUAAACAUGAUUGAGACAUUUAUAUGCCAAGUGUGUGAGGAAACCCUUGCACAUAGUGUCAAUUCGCUUGAGCAGCUAACUGGAAUAAGGAUGCUUAGACACCUCACUAUAACCACUGAUUAUCACACACUGAUUGCCAAUUAUGUGUCUGGCUUUCUUACUUUGUUAACCACAGGCAAUGCAAGAACAAAGUUUCAUGUUCUGAAAAUGCUGUUGAACUUGUCUAACAAUCCUCUGGUGGCAAAAAAGCUAUUCAGUGCCAAAGCUCUGUCAAUAUUUGUGGGUCUCUUUAACAUAGAGGAGACAAAUGAUAACAUUCAGAUUGUUAUUAAGAUGUUUCAGAAUAUCAGUAAUAUUGUGAAAAGUGGAGCAAUGUCUUUAGUGGAUGAAGAUUUCUGUCUUGAGCCACUCGUUUCUGCAUUCCAUGAGUUUGAAGAACUAGCUAAACGGCUGCAAAUCCAAAUAGACAAUCAAAAUGAUCCCGAUGAGGGACAGUAAAGUCCAUGUGAUUAACCACCUUCCAGUGAUCAGCCUUAUGUUCCCAAAGAGCCCCAAAUAGUGCUUUGGUGUUCACAGUCUGGUUUUGUGUUGUAACUUAUAUUUUAAUGCUAAUGUUAACUUGUGAAACUCUUGUUGUGAGCUGGAUCAUUUGUGGAUGCCAAAAUGAAUAUCAGAACUGAAAACACAUUUGUUGAUAUUUGUCCUACUGCCCAGCUUGUGAUACUUCUUAGUGUUGAGCUCCCAGUGAACCAAGUCAUAUGAGUAAGCUAUCCUGCUAUUUGUUGUUUAAACAUGUGGUUCUUUACUUGAGUCUGUGUUUUCAAUAAAGUUCGAUGUUGAAAUUGGCAUAAAUGACCCUUCUUCACUUUAGAAACCAGAUGCAGAUACAUUAGAUACAUUCAAAAAUAAAUGAUUAGUAUUAGAACAAGCACAUGCUUACUAGAAAAUCCUAUUUUGGGAAGGGAGAUUCCUGUGGGCUUUGGUACUCAACAAAUACCUGAAAGAAGUGGGACUUAGUCACUGAGCAGUAAGCAUGCUUGGAAAUGAACCAUGGUGAUGUGAAGAAAAGUGUGUGGUAGGAAAGUAAGUUCCACUGACUUGGGUGAAAUAAGUAGGAGGAGCUUACAGAGUAAUACAGUUGGAAAAUUAGGAUAAGGUAAGUUUUGAGGAACUGCCAAAUCUAAAGUGCAGUUAAUGAUUCAAAGUACAGAUUUUGCUUCAGUACAACCUUGAUGGCGAAUGAAAAGACUAAUUCAGUUUGUGGGUUGUGACCCCUUUGACAAAUCUCUUUAGCCAAAAACAUUUGCAGUCAUAACAGUAGCAAAAUACAGUUAUGAAGUAGCAACAUAAAUUAAGUUUAUGGUUGGGGGUCACUAUAACAUGAGGAACUGUAUUAAAGAGUCACAGCAUUAGGAAGGUUGAGAGCCAGUGUGUCUUAUUAGAUAGUCUCAGAAGUAAUAUUUCCUGUAUGAUGAUAGUCAGAGAAAAGUAUUAAUCAUGAAAUAACUAUAUAUGGAUUGAUUUAUUGACAUGAAACUAAUUUUACAUAUAACAAACUAGAGAAGAAUUUGGUGUCACAUUUUAAAAAAUAGACAUUACUUUAAAAUUUGUGUAUAAAUAAAAUGUCUGAGUUCAUAUAGCCCUUAUUUGGAGUAAAAUAUACAAAGCUAAAUUUUUAGAUACAUGCAUUGAAGAAAUACAAAAUUUAGCAAAACACACAAAAGUUGAUAUGUUCCCUUCUGUUGACUGUAGUAAUAGGUGGGAAUGCUGGGAAAAGGGUAUGCUUGUAUAAAUGAUUAACCUAAAUUGUUUAAAAGUUCAGAGAUAAAGUGAUUUAGAAAAGUUAUAAAUGAAUGAGACUUCAGAACCAAGAUUACUAAGUUGGUAUUA